GAAACAUUCCAGUGUUCCUGGAUCAGAGCAGCUUUCAGUCCAGUCUUAAGUAUGGAGCUACGUACCAUGUUCCACAUUCAUGAACAAGGAGUGAAGGAUGAACUGAUGAAACAAGAUUCCAAUCCAAGGCACCGAGAGCGGAUCUUUAGACCACGAAUCUCUCUUUUUGGAUUAAACGAGGAAGAAGUGAGAUCUAGGUACCGCUUCAGCACCGAAGUCAUUCUGGAGCUUUAUGAACAAAUCCAGAAUGAUAUUGAGCCAAAUUGCGAGAGAAACCAUGCUGUCCCAGGGAUGGUGAAAUUGCUAAGUGCCCUGCAUUACUUUGCGUCAGCAUCUUUUCAGGGUACGGUUUCUGCUCUGUCCGGCAUAUCGCAGCCCAGUUUUAGUAGACACUUGACCCAAGUGUUGAAGGCCAUUAACAAACUUACUCCUCAAUACAUUAUUUUCCCCUCGGACAAAGCUGCUAUUCAAACAACAAAAGAUGGUUUUUAUAAAAUAUCCGCUUUUCCUAAUGUUAUGGGGGCCAUUGACUGUACCCAUGUUGCUCUCUCACCUCCCACAGAAGAUAUUUAUAGGAACAGUAAAAACUUUCACUCCUUAAAUGUCCAAAUGGUAUGCGGGCCUGACAUGAGGAUUUUAAACCUGGUAGCUGGGUAUCCCGGGUCUACCCAUGAUUCGUACAUUUUGAAGCAUUCAAGCUUACAUUCCAUUUUGACAUCUGGAAACCUACCAAAGGGCUGGCUGCUGGCGGACGAUGCAUACCCUAUAACAGAGUGGUUGCUAACUCCCAUCAAGGACCCCAAAAAUGCAGCAGAAAAACAGUAUAAUGCUGCACACAAGACAGCUCACUCCGUCAUUGAGCGCACGUUCGCUUCACUUAAAAGCCGCUUCCGGUGUCUGGACCGUUCUGGUGGUGUGCUUCAGUAUUCUCCAGAAAAAGGGGCACAGAUUAUCCUGGCGUGUUGCAUUUUGCAUAACUUGGCCAUCAUUAGAAAUCUGGAUGUUGACAUUGUUGAUGAUCUUGAAGCUCCACCACCAGUAGCACCCGUUUCAGAAGAGGAGAACACACAGGCCGGGAAACAGACCAGAAUGCGAGUGAUUGAGAGAUAUUUCACAUGAGGCUUUUGUUUCGGAUCUCGGCUGCUCCUUCUCGAUGUAGCUGGUCACAUCUCAGCAUCUACGUGGACUUACACGUUUGCGUGUACCUAUUUUAUCCCUACAUGGAGCGGAAUAUCUAACGGUGUGUUAGUUUAGACUUAUAAGCAUUUAGGCAGCAUUCUAUAACUCCAUUUGACAUGUUAGAAAACAAACCCUACUUUUUUUUGUAAUGCAAAUGCUUGCUUCAAAGACUUGAUUUCUUUGAUCCAUUAGCUCAACUAGACGUAUGGAUUUGUUUCAGUUAAUCCUAUGGGUGUUAACAACCUAGGUGCUUUUUGUCGUGCCCUGCUUGUAUCUAAAUCAUUAAUAACCAGCACAUCUGUCUUCCUGGAGCUGAAGAGAUGAUAUCUGGUUCUAUAACUCUUUUUUUUAUUUUAAAUGUAUGUUUAUUAUGCUGUGUGUUUUAUAAUGUAGCCUGCACAUCCUCACAGUUCAGUUGAGAUAUAGUGUGAGAGGGCUUGGAGUUACAUUAUAAAACCGUUGCUUGUAUGCUCCAUAUAUCCUUUGCCAUAUGACAUUUUGGUCAUUCUAGAUAUAUAUCAAGUUGUUAUAACACUUUAUUAGUACCUUAUUGCACAUGUAAAUAUGUUCUUUAUCACCCCUCUUGUUAGUGUUAUAGCGCUAUUGCUCUUACAGAAUGUUUGGUUACUCUUUAUUGACUCAUGAGAAGAGGAUAUUGAACAUCAUUCCAAGCAGUCAUUUGUCUCUACUACAUUGUCAUUUAUCUGUAAUGUUUUGUCACUGUAAGCUGACGAAAAAUACUUUACAUCAGUAAACUGCGCAACAGAUCUUUUAUUACUCUGAACAGGACGGUGGCGGUCAACUAUAUUGUAAUUGAACAAUAGCCCAAGGUUCACAAGCACUAUAUGGGUGUUGGCAUGUACAGUCUGCGUGGAGCUAUAAACAAUAGUCCAAUGUUAGAAAAAAAAGAUAAAAUGGGACAGAACAGCAUAGAGAAAGAAUACCUGCAUGAACACUAAGGAGCCAAAGAAAACAACUCCCAUAACACUCCACCCUUGGAGUCACUAUAUACCAUUCCUCAGUGGCAAGAGGCAAGGCCUCUGCAGUUUUGUGGGAGCAACACCGGUGAGUAUACACUGUCGUUCCUGUGCUGUCAGGUAGUCCUAGGCUGGUGCCUCCUUGUAGGUACCACUCUUUACCUGUAUGUGUGUCAUGUUUGUCUCUGUUGAUUUAAUGUCCACUGCACCAGUUAUCUGUUUGCUGGUGUCAGCUGCGUCCUGGAAAAAUAUUCCUCCUCGUUCUGCCAGAAACUAUUUCCACUUUUCUAAAGUCUGUUUUUGGGCAACUGCAGUAUAGGCCGCAAGGCCUCCUUGACGUACCAAGUUCCCUAUUGGCAGAUCAGUCCUUACUAUGACUGGACUCACAUGUGCUGGCUCUGAAUGCUGUAAAGCUGUAUAUGCAGCUAGCAGUUCUUUCUCUAGAGGACUCCAGAACCCUAUCAGUUUUUUUCUGGCCCCUGACCUCGGAAACUUUUGCCACAGUUGAUCCCAAGAUGACAAAUAAAGGACCACCAAUAUAGCUUGGGCUUUCUUCACGUUUCUCUGUCCCUUUGGGUUAGCUAUAGUAUCCAAAACAGACUGAGGUAUUGUUUUCUGAAGUCUGUGCUGUGCCGUGCCUAGAAAUUUGGCUUGUUGUGCAGGCCUUUAUAAUUUGUUUUCAUCUAUGACUUACUCUCGACAUCACAUCCAUUGAAUAAAUGUUUGUAAAUCCUU